ACAGGUACGGUCCUGCUAGUCUCAGAUGCCACAGUCCCUCUUCGAGUUCUUCCUCUGCAUUCAAAUGCUGCGACAGCUCUCAAAUCAGAGAAAUCGGAUUUCAAAACGCGCCAUUUCUGCUGCUAGCUUUCUCCACAGUGCAGAUUGCUCAAAACAGGUUGAGAAAAUGGCAGAGAAUGGCAACAAUCACAUAACCCAUGUGCUCUUUUGUGGGCCUCAUUGGCCUGCUUCUCAAAAUUAUACAAGGGAAUAUUUGCAGAGCUAUCCAUAUAUCCAGGUCGAUGAUGUGCCCCUUGAUGAUGUACCUGAUGUUAUUGGGAAAUACCAUGUUUGUGUAGUAAAAAAUCGGCGUCUUGAUUCCAAAGUAAUUGCUCGCGCGAAUCAAAUGAAGCUUAUCAUGCAGUAUGGUGUUGGACUGGAAGGUGUUGAUGUUGCUGCUGCCACACAGCAUGGAAUUAAAGUUGCAAGAAUUCCUAGUGACAUGACUGGAAAUUCAGUAUCAUGUGCAGAAAUGGCCAUAUACUUGAUGUUGGGCCUUCUCAAAAAGCAAAAGGAGAUGGAAGCUGCUGUAAAACAGAAAAGGUUAGGAGAGCCGCUUGGUGAAACUCUAUUUGGAAAAACUGUCUUGAUUGUGGGAUUUGGAAACAUUGGAAAUGAUAUUGCAAAACGUUUGUGGCCAUUUGGUGUAAGAAUUAUUGCAACGAAACGGAGUUGGCCCUUGAAUCUACCCGAUGCCACCCUGUCAAAUGGUUCCAAUGAUAGAUCUUCAGUCAGCAUUCGAAGUGAUGGCAUUGAUGGUCUGGUUGAUAAGAAGGGUGGUCCUGAGAAUCUCUAUGAUUUUGCUGGAGAGGCUGACAUAGUUGUUACUUGCUUAUCCUUGAAUAAUGAAACGGCUGGCAUAGUGAACAAGGAAUUUCUCUCUUCAAUGAAAAAGGGUUCCCUUCUGGUGAAUAUUGCUCGAGGAGGUCUCCUAGACUAUGAAGCUGUAAAGCAUCACCUUGAAUCAGGCCACUUGGGAGGAUUAGGCCUUGACGUUACUUGGACAGAACCAUUUGAUCCUGAGGAUCCAAUAUUGAAGUUUCCAAAUGUCCUGGUCACGCCUCAUGUUGCCGGUGUCACUGAAUAUUCUUACAGAAAAAUGGCUAAGGUUGUUGGCGACUGCGCUCUUCAACUGCAUUCAGGGUCACCAUUUAUGGGAAUUGAGCUUGUGAACUGAAACACAAACUGAAUGAGGAGUUCUUGUCCGGAUACCCAUUGUCUUGUGAAUGAGAUUCAUCUGUCAUCAGAGAUUAAGUCGCUUCUACUCUUCAGAAGGAUUAACGACAUUCUAGCUGUCUUAACUUUUGACUGUGAAA